CAUGCGUGGCCCCCACCGCCGCCGAGGAGCCCCAGGCGCCGCGCACCCCUCGGGCGCGCUGCAGCUGACAGCCGUCCGGACGGACCUCCGCGGCGGGCGGAGCGGAGCCUUUCAGAGACCCCCCCCGGCCGGGCCCGACCCAGAGCGAGGAGAGCUCCUUGGGUGCGCCUGGGUGUUCGGUCCCGCGCUGCCCCUCGGUCGCGCUCUGUCUCUCCCUCCUUUCCCUCCCUCCUCCUCCCCUCUGCUCUUUCCACCUCCCCUGCUCCUGAGUGAGCGCAGCCUCGGAUGUCCGGUUUCCUGGUGGGUUUUUACCUGGCAAACUCCGGAUAACUUUGGUGAGAAUUUGCAAAGCGGCUGGGAAAGUUGGGAACUCUCCUGCACGCGUCUGGGAGCUGCUGCUAUCGCAUCUUCUCCAUCCCACGGAUUUUACUGCCUUGGAUAUUGCGAGGGGAGGGAGGGAGGGACGGAGGGAGAGGAAGAGAAGGAGCCUCAUAAUUUCGCCUACAUUCCUCCAAGUGCUCCGCAGCCCCGCUCAGCGCCUGCCCUGCCAUCUUUGCACAAUGCACUUGCUGGAGGUCCUCUCCCUGGGCUGCUGCCUCGCUGCCGGCGCCGUGCUGCUGGGGCCGCGGCAGCCCGCCGCUGCCGCCGCCUACGAGUCCGGCCACGGGUACUACGAGGAGGAGCCCGACGCCGGGGAGCCGAAGACCAAAGCCAUAAGGGGUUACUUUCAGCAGUGGAAUUUCUCACAUGCAGAGAAUAAGGCUCAUGCAGGCAAAGACCUGGAAGAGCAGUUGCGGUCUGUGUCCAGUGUGGAUGAACUCAUGACAGUACUUUACCCAGAGUACUGGAAAAUGUUCAAAUGUCAGUUGAGGAAAGGAGGUUGGCAACACAACAGGGAACACUCCAGCUUUGACACAAGAUCAGAUGAUUCCCUGAAAUUUGCCGCAGCACACUAUAAUGCAGACAUCCUGAAAAGUAUUGAUACUGAAUGGAGAAAAACUCAGUGCAUGCCACGUGAAGUGUGUGUGGAUGUGGGAAAAGAGUUUGGAGCAACUACAAACACCUUCUUUAAACCCCCAUGUGUAUCCAUCUACAGAUGUGGAGGUUGCUGCAAUAGUGAAGGACUCCAGUGUAUGAAUAUCAGCACAAGUUACAUCAGCAAGACAUUAUUUGAGAUCACAGUGCCUCUUUCUCAUGGCCCCAAACCUGUAACCGUCAGCUUUGCCAAUCACACGUCCUGCCGAUGCAUGUCGAAGUUGGAUGUUUACAGACAAGUUCAUUCCAUCAUAAGACGUUCCUUGCCAGCAACACAAACUCAGUGUCAUGCGGCAAACAAAACCUGUCCAAAAAAUCAUAUUUGGAAUAAUCAAGUUUGCAGAUGUUUGGCACAGCAUGAUUUUGGUUACUCUUCCCAUCUUGGAGAUGCUGACCCAUCUGAAGCAUUCCAUAUUUGUGGACCAAACAAAGAGCUGGAUGAAGAAACCUGUCAAUGUGUCUGCAAAGGAGGUGUGCGACCCUCAAGCUGUGGACCUCACAAAGAAUUAGACAGAUCGUCAUGUCAGUGCAUGUGCAAAAAUAAACUUCUCCCCACUUCCUGUGGGCCCAACAAGGAAUUUGAUGAAGAUAAAUGUCAGUGUGUAUGUAAAAAGACCUGCCCUAAACAUCAGCCACUAAAUCCUGCAAAAUGCAUCUGUGAAUGUAUAGAAUCUCCCAAUAAAUGCUUCUUAAAAGGAAAAAGGUUCCAUCACCAGACAUGCAGUUGUUACAGACCACCAUGUACAGUCCGAACGAAACGCUGUGAUGCUGGAUUUUAUUUUAGUGAAGAAGUGUGCCGCUGUGUACCCACAUACUGGAAAAGACCACUUAUGAAUUAGUGAAGAGAGCACUUCUCACUCUUUUGAUGUACAUUUUUCCACUAGAACAAAAGAACAACAGAAACUUUGCUAAUAUUUGGAAUCAAAUGUGCACCAGAGACCCUGUGGGACUUUCAGAGACAGACUCAUUAUGCUUUUCUCAAGAUGAGGAAAGCAAAUGUAGAAAAUAACUGGGGUUCAUGUUUUGUAAAGAACUCAAUAAGGACUUAUUUUCUGCCAAUGACCAAACAGCCUAGGUUCUUCUUCUCAUGAUUUUUUUUUUUUAAAGAGAUAAUGACUAUAUAAUUUAUUUCCACUAAAACCAUUGUGCAGCAUUUCUGUUUAUAGCAGUAACAAUUGUUAAAGCUCACUGUGAUCAAUAUUUUUAUAUCUUGCAAAGUAUGUUUAAAAUAAAAUGGAAAUUGUAUUAUAUAAUGGUGAGAAUGUUUAAUCUUCUGCUUAAAGAAAGGAACAACAAUUCAGCUUUACUGUCAGGGUUCUUAAAGGGGGGGGGAAGACAAUUAAGAGAAGGCACUUUUAUGAAAGGAAGACUACAGCCAUUUUCUCAUACCUGUUUUACAUGUCAUUUGACAGAGUUCUACUUAGUGUUUCAUGACCCAGUGAUAUUUCUGUCUGUAGUCUGCAACUAGCAAAGCAAGUACAAUUAAAGACUAAUGAAAACCUUG